AAGCUCCCUCUGUGGCUGCCUUCCCGGAAGGGUUUCCCUGAGAGGGCCCUUGGCGGCAGGAGCACGUGGACAGACACCGUGCAAAGCCUUCCCGGGUAGGACCCCGCCGUGCCCUGGGCUCUGAGCGAUGCGAGCCGGCCUUAGCAUAGGCGGUAGCAGCAAUGGAGCAGGGCAGAGCUGGAGCAUUGUCCUUGGUUCGGCCCAUCUGAUCAGUACUGUAGUCAAAUCUCCCAACCGGUGCACUAAUAGCAGGUUCGAAUGUGGGAGUUGUCCCAGAUGUGGUUGCUGCUGAUGUCGCCCUGGGAGAAUGCCUUGAUGGGUGAUUAGCACCAUUCAGUGAUGGGCUGUGGGACAAGCAAAGUGCUUCCCGAGCCCCCCACGGACGUUCAGUUAGAUCUGGUUAAAAAGGUUGAGCCUUACACUGGUCAUAAAAAUGACGUGUACAAGCACUUCAUCAAGGAUGACGGUGGAGCUGCUAUCAAAGCCGGCUCCCCCUCGCCCCCUCGUCACACCAACCCCUAUUCCAGUGGCCACCCACCUAACUACAUGGAGCAGCCUGAGCCCCGCAAGAACAAAGUGGCUAAGUACCGUGCCAAAUUUGACCCCAGGGUGACCGCCAAGUAUGACAUCAAAGCCCUGAUUGGCCGAGGCAGCUUUAGUCGUGUUGUGCGGGUGGAACAUAAGGCUUCCAAGCAGCCAUAUGCAAUCAAGAUGAUAGAGACCAAGUAUCGGGAAGGGAGGGAAGUGUGCGAAUCAGAGCUAUGUGUAUUGCGACGGGUCCGGCACACAAACAUCAUCCAGCUCAUUGAGGUGUUUGAGACCCAGGAGCGAGUCUACAUGGUGAUGGAGUUGGCCACUGGAGGGGAACUGUUUGAUAGAAUCAUUGCCAAAGGCUCCUUUACUGAGAGAGAUGCUACCCGAGUGCUGCAGAUGGUGUUGGAUGGGGUAAAGUACUUGCAUACACUGGGCAUCACGCACCGGGACUUAAAACCAGAGAAUUUGCUGUAUUACCACCCUGGAACGGAUUCUAAAAUCAUGAUCACAGACUUUGGGCUAGCCAGUGCUCGGAAGAAGGGAGAUGACUGCCUAAUGAAAACCACCUGUGGGACACCAGAGUAUAUUGCUCCAGAAAUCCUGGUCAGGAAACCCUACACGAAUUCUGUAGACAUGUGGGCACUGGGUGUGAUCUCGUACAUCCUCCUGAGUGGAACUAUGCCCUUUGAGGAUGACAACCGAACCCGCUUGUACCGGCAGAUCCUGAAAGGAAAGUACAGUUACUCAGGGGAGCCCUGGCCCAGCGUGUCCAAUCUGGCCAAGGACUUCAUUGAUCGCCUGCUCACAGUGGAUCCCAGUGACAGGAUGACAGCUCUUCAAGCCUUGAAGCACCCCUGGGUAGUCAGCAUGGCAGCCUCCUCAUCCAUGAAGAACCUGCACCGCUCCAUCUCUCAGAACCUCCUCAAGAGGGCGUCCUCUCGCUGCCAAAGCACCAAAUCGGCCCAGUCCACCCGCUCCAGCCGCUCCACCAAAUCCAAUAAGUCGCGGCGGGUGCGGGAACGGGAGCUGCGGGAGCUCAACCUGCGCUACCAGCAACAAUACAAUGGCUGAGAACUCAACAGGAAACUGCCAGCUGUCUUUCCAGGUGCACUUCCUGUGGUGCAGGUGUGCAACGCUCCCACGCGGCGGGCAACACCCAGGCUCCUGCUGCAGGAGUGACUCUCCAUGUGCACGAAGCUCGGGGAAAAUGGAACCUUUGCACCCCAGCCCCCCGACAGCGGGCACUCCUCACUUGGGUGGGCUGCGUUUCGGAGCCUGAUGCAGGAAGUGGAGCAGUGAAAGCCUUCCUUAUGCUCAUUCAGGUCCAGAGUGAAGGUCAAAGUUCAGGGCCUCAAGUACUCAGCAAAUUAGGGAGCCACGUGAAGAGAAGAGCCCCCUCCCCAGCCCAGGAGUUUGGCUGCCUUUAGUUAUUUAUUGAUUCCAGAAUGUUAAGUCCCUAUACAUGCUUGGACAGUAUUUAUAUUGAACUCCAUUGAUGCUGGUGGGAGUCACAUGCACAGCUAGGGUUGGGAUUGCUGUGAUUCAGCAGCAAGCCAGCUGCAUGAAGGAAAUGCCAGGCAGGAGUCUUCAGUGAGGAGCAUGAAGCAGAGGUUUUCCCCAAGGGCCCCGAUGACUGUGACAGCAUCACAGGUUACUCGUGCUGGUUAAGGAUUGAUUGAGGUAUCGGCGCCCUGGAGCGCAGAUCGUCUGCAGUCACAGUUCCCCUUUGUCCUGACUGAAGGUUCCUAACUGUGGGGAGGGGAGAGGAUGCGAAACCUGCAGGAGCAAAACGCUUCGCAGGACACCUAAAAACAUCUUUUCUAAAGCGAACCCUGUGGCUAGCCCUGGCCCCCACCGCUGUGCUAGCACUCAGGAAGAUCUCCUCUGUCUCGGGAAGUGUAAGGCUUGUGAGCCAGUGCAGAGCGGCUGGGGCAGGCACAAAGGGCGGGUGCGGCGGUCUCAGGAGAGGCCACUUCGGACAUAUUUUGAGGCAAAAAGCACAAGGAUAAAUGGAAGCAGAGAUUGGUGCUGGCAGGGGCCCCUCUGAUCUGGGCAUCCUCAGAGGCGAGCUGGCGUUCCUUCUUGCUGCUGGGUUUGAGGUUUUUGGAUUCUUCACCCUAGUGUUGCACCAUGGACCCAACAGACGAAUGGUUCCAACUGUGCCACAUUACCAGGCCAAAACUGUGACUGCUGUCUGAUUCUGCCAGCGCCUGGCCUGCUUGGCACCCCAAGCCUGCCUUUGGGAUAGCUUCAUGGCAGGUUACGGUGUGCACAAGGGAGUGGGAUGGGGGCAGUCAUGUCGCCACAAAAACUCCUUGUUAACACUGGGACGGGAGCCUUUCCUACCGGAGCAUCGGCCCUGGUAACACAUGCCAGGCCUAGGGAAGCACUGCUCCAGGUGCUCCGUUGGGGUCACUCGCUCCUUGUUUUCCUCUGUGGACUUAAGGCAGAGUCAUCUCUGCCAUGACCUUGUGCGGAGUGUGUCAUUCCCUAUAGCUAGGAGGUGCUAAAACCCUGAUCUCCAGAGUCCCAGACCGCUGCCUUACCCACAAGCCCUUCCAAAGGUUUUCUCCUCCCUUGUGUAGGAUAAAUGAAGCUGCAGAUUGCCACAUGCUGAGUUCUGGUCUAAUCCAAUGUGUUCCUUCCCCAUCUCAGUUCCUGACUGAGCCAGAACCUGUGGGAACAUCUGUCUCACCUAGGAGAGUCUUCCCUCGGGGUUGGUAGCCAUUACUCUUCAGAAUGCUGCAGCCGUAGAGCCCAUCUCCCUGGCGAUUGAGUUAUCAUGGGAUGCGUCAUCCGGAAAGGUCCCGUGUGACGUCACUCAUGGCAGAUGUAGGGCCUAAUGCGUUUUGGGAAACAAAAUGCUUUUAUAGAGGUCGUAUCAGUUCUGCACAAAGUCAGUUCUUGGUGACUCAGCUUGAGGCUCACAAGGUCUGUCUGACUUUCGGGUGUGUGAGUGACAUGCAUGAUGGUGUGACCCAGGCCUUGCAUCUGUGAUCCUGAGGCCAACUGACCUCUCACUGGUUGGAUUAAUGUCCACACUUCUUCUGGGCUUCUUGUAAGCAGAGCUCCAGUUCUCACCGAUGCAAUCUUGUCUCUUCUGUGGGAAACCUCCGAGUAUACUUGGGCACGUGCAACAAGAGCAGUGCAGAUCAUUGUGCUGGCCUUUCACCUCUUGGUUUCAGUUGGGCGGGUCACCCCCUCUUAGUUCUAACAUGCUUAUGCCCAGCCGGUAGCCAUAUGUAAGCAAAGAAGGGGAUGGUGGAGAUUUCCCGGAAGGAGAGGGAGUCCAAGCUCCCCUUGGAACCUCAGGCAAUCUCCUGUCCCUUUUUUUCUUUACUUUGCUCUCCCACUCCCCAGGAGAGGCUGGUGUCAGGAAUUGGACUAGCUGAGUGCUGGUUACAAAAGUUGCUUGGGCUGGGUUGUCUCUGGAAAUGUGCUGCAGUCGCAGAUCGUUCUGCCAAUGAGGCCAGUUAGUCCGCUGUGCGUUUGAGCAGCUGUGCACAUGCCCUUGAUCUGCUCUGCUGGAAUUCUGCCUUGCCUGCUCUCUGGACUCUCUGCCUUUGUAUAUUUCACUCAGACAUCUCAACUCUCUCGAUCUGACCUGAGACGCAGGAGUUUCUGCCUUCAGAAAUGCCUCAUUUGUGGAUUUCACAGGUUAAACACUGCCCCCAUUCCCCCACAAUCUGCCUAGGAGUCCCUGUGCGCAUUUUACGUGUCUCCCUCUUUUCCCUCUUAACUAGGAUUCUUGAGAUUUGGCCUAGUGUGAGGUUGGGACACUUGCUCCGGUAUUGAAUAAUCUCAUAAAUAACGCAGUGAUUGUGUAUCUGUGUCCUGGGUGAGCUCUGCAUCUCGCUUGUCUGGGAGCUUUGUGGGACACUCUGUACCCAGAGAGAAAUCUCCUGCUUAGUAAGUGAAAAUUGUCCCUCUCCCCCUGUUUGAGUGAAAUAUGACUGAAGUAGAGUGACACCUAGUGGCAAAUCGCAGUAUAUCAUCUUGCACAGAGAGAGCGCUCUUCUCCUUUUGUUUCCUUAUACAGGAACUCCUCACUUUACGUUGUAGUAAAUGCAACUUUAAGUGAAACAAUGUUAAAUGAAUCCAACUGUCCCAUAAGAUUUAAUGUAAAUGGGGGUGGGGUUAGGUUCCAAGGUAAUUUUUGGGGGGCAGACAAAAAGCAUUACACUGUAUGCUGUACAGUACUGUACUGUGAUUGGGAAGUGCCCUCACAGGCACAGCCUGCUGCAAGCAAGGACGCUAGGAAGCACCUUUGCAACAGCAGUGGCAGCUUCUCCGCAGAACAAGCUUGGAUUUUGCCGGGAAUGCUCCAGGCCCACCUCUUCCCACCGCCACUCCACCUCCUCUCUGGAGCACGCCACAUCCCUCCCCAAGGCCGGCUUUAGGCCAAUCCUACCAA